UAGAAGAUAGAUCAUAAAAAAUUAAUCAAAACCAUAUAGAAAGAUGAAGUCGUGGUUGAUAUGUGUAGUCUUUAUUAGCAUGUUGGUGGUCGGCCCAGGAGUGGCAGCAGAAAAAAAAUAUCUUCAAUUUCUUGAUCCUUGCAAUCAACCUAAUCCACCUCCAACAUGUUCAGAAGUGAAAGAGCAGGUUGAGGCUAACCCCUAUAAUAGAGGUUGCUCUGCAAUUCAUCGAUGUCGUGGAGGAUGAUGCCAAUCAAUAUUCCAAGCCUUGCACGACGCUAAAUGUUUAAAGGAAAAAAGACUAUACAUGCCUUUAAUGUCGCAUCUUUACUAAGUUAAU